AUGACUAUAAGCUGUUUGGACCAUUUCUUCCCAGAGCCUGUUGGAACUAAAAGCAACCUAGUUGAUAAUCAGAUUUUGUUUCCUAAAUCAAUGAUGGAAUUUUGGGGUUCUCCAAGGCAAGACCUAAUAGUGGAAAGGCUUUCAGAGUUUGAGAAGGUUGCUUAUGCACAACACCAUAUCAGAUGCCUUCCAAAGGAGAGGGAAGCACUCCUUCAAUUCAAGGCUGCCAUUGUGGAUGACUACGGCAUGCUCUCAUCUUGGACCACUCCCGACUGUUGCCAAUGGGAGGGGAUUCGCUGCAACAAUCUCACCGCUCAUAUUAUAAGUCUCCACCUUCCUGGACAGUAUCAUUAUGAAUCUCUUUCUCUUUACUAUUAUGAUGAAUCUAUUUCUCGGCGUUACAUCAGCGGAGAGAUCCACAAGUCGUUAAUGGAGUUGCGACACUUACAGUAUUUCAACCUCAGUUUCAAUUAUUUUCGAGAGAGUAAUAUUCCAGAGUUUCUUGGCUCUCUUACCAACUUGAGAUAUCUUGAUCUCUCUUCAUGUGGUUUUAGCGGACAAAUUCCAACUCAGAUAAGUUCUCUUUCUCAUUUGAAAUAUUUGAAUCUUGCUCAUAAUUAUUAUUUGAAUGGUUCAAUCCCUCGUGAAAUUGGAAAUCUCUCUCGGUUGGAGUAUCUUGAUCUCAGUGGCAAUUCUUUUGAAGGAAGUCUGCCAUCUCAGAUUGGAAAUCUCUCUCGGCUGCAGUAUCUUGAUCUCAGGUACAAUUCUUUUGAAGGAUACAUUCCUUCCCAACUAGGAAACCUUUCAAAUUUGCAUAAACUCUAUCUUGGAGGAUAUGAUAGUGCUCUCAAAAUUUUCACUACUGAUCAAUGGUUAUCUAAUCUUAAUUCUUUAACCCAUCUUUCCUUCGAUUACACAUCUAAUUUUAACAGUUCUCCUAGCUGGCUUCGAAUCAUUUCCAUGCUACCAAAACUAAGAGAACUCAGUUUGAUUGGAUGUGGCCUUUCCGAUCAUUUCCUCCUUUCAUUCAACCCUUCCAACUUCAAUUUUUCUACUUCCUUUUCUGUCCUUAGACUUUCCUUAAACUCCUUCACGCAACCGAUGAUAUUCCAGUGGGUGUCAAACACCACUUCCAACCUUGUUGAGCUUGACCUUAGUUGGAACCUCUUGAAGGGUUUGACAUCAAAUCAUUUUGGCUUGGCCAUGAAUUCGCUUGAGCACCUUGACCUCUCCUAUAAUGUGUUAAAGGGUGAAGAUUUGAAAUCAUUCAUCAAUAUAUGCACCCUACAUUCAUUAUACAUGAAUGGAAACAAUAUGACCGAAGAUCUUUCGUCAAUUCUUCAUAAUUUCUCUCGUGGUUGUGUUAGAUAUUCACUACAAGAGUUGAGUUUGGCAUACAAUCAAAUCAGAGGCUCCAUACUUGACCUUUCAGCUUUUUCAAAUUUAAAAGUGUUGGAUAUUUCUAACAAUCAAUUGAGUGGGAAGAUACCUGAAAGCACUAGAUUGCCAUCUCAUUUGGAGCAGUUGUCAAUUAGUUCUAACUCUUUAGAAGGUGGUGUUCCAAAAUCAUUUGGGAGCACAUGUACUUUGGAGUUAUUGGAUUUGUCUUAUAAUAAAUUGAGUGAAGAUCUUACAGUCAUAUUUAAUCAUUUGUCUGGAUGUUCUAGAUACUCAUUGCGAGAACUAUAUCUUGGUCAAAAUAAAGUCAAUGGCACAUUACCUGAUUUCUCAAUAUUUGCAAAGUUGGAAACGUUGGAUCUCAGUAUCAAUCAAAUUAGCGGUAAUUUGCCUAAAACCCUCGAAUUGUUGCGAUCAUUAAAACAAUUGUACCUUGAUAGUAACAAGCUAAAUGGGACAAUUUCUGAAGAUCUUCGAUUUCCAAGAAAACUUGAGAUAUUAUCCUUGAGGUCAAACUCAUUGAAAGGUGUGUUAACUGACGCUCAUUUUUUUAAUAUGACAAAGUUAAGGACAUUGAUGUUGUCAGAUAACUCAUUGACGUUAGAAGUUAGUCAAAAUUGGGCUUCGGCCUUUCAAUUGGAUAAUAUUGAAUUGAGGUCUUGCAAGCUUGGUCCAUUGUUUCCCAAAUGGCUAGAGAAACAAAACGAAUUUCGAUACCUUGAUAUUUCAAAUAGUGGAAUAUCAGGUACCGUUCCAAAAUGGUUUUGGACCAAAUUUGGAUUGUCAAUUUUGAUGAGUAUUAAUAUUUCAUGUAAUAAUUUACAAGGUACGAUUCCAAAUUUGCCAAUAGAGAUUCAUUAUUCUUCUCUUAGUCUUGCAUCAAAUAAAUUUGAAGGUCAUGUUCCACCAUUUUUAAGAGGCUCAACAUUUCUUGAUCUGUCAAACAAUAAAUUCACAAAUUCUUUUUCAUUUUUGUGCUCGAGUGGUGUAGCUGAAUCUUUAUACCAAUUAGACCUUUCAAAUAAUAAGUUUUUUGGACAAAUUCCAGACUGUUGGAUCCAUUUCAAGUCAUUAACUUACUUAAAUAUGAGUCAUAACAAGUUUUCAGGAGAGAUUCCUUCUUCAAUGGGAUCACUCCUUCAACUUCAAGUUUUGCUAUUGAGAAGGAAUAACUUAAUAGGUGAAAUCCCUUCCUCCUUAAGGAGAUGCACAAAUUUAGUGAUGGUAGAUAUAUCAGAAAAUAGAUUAUCUGGAUAUAUCCCAAAUUGGAUUGGGAAGGAAUUAUCAAAGUUGCAAUUUUUAAGCUUAGGAAGGAAUUAUUUGUAUGGAAGUUUACCAUUGAAAAUUUGUUAUCUAAAAAGCAUUCAACUCUUAGAUCUCUCGCUAAACAACCUAUCUGGACAAAUUCCUAAAUGCAUAAAACAUUUUUCUUCGAUGACUCGAAUGACUUCCUUGACAAAUUAUGAAGGUCAUCAUUAUUCGGUCCAUACUGGUGCUAUCGAUAGAUACUUUUCAUACAAGUUGAAUGCAAUCUUGAUGUGGAAAGGUUCAAAAGAAAUGUUCACAGACACAGGAUUAUCCCUUUUAAAUAGCAUUGAUCUCUCAAACAACCAAAUAUCAGGAGAAAUUCCAAAAGAAAUAGAAGGUUUAUUUGGAUUGGUGUCAUUGAAUUUAUCAAGAAACCAAUUGAAAGGGAAAAUUCCUUCAAAUGUUGGAAAGUUAACAUCACUUGAAUUUCUUGAUUUGUCACAAAACCAACUUGUUGGUUCUAUUCCUUCUAGUCUUGCUCAAAUUGAUCGACUCACUAUGUUAGAUUUGUCACAUAAUUAUUUAUCUGGAAAAAUUCCAACUGGCACACAAUUACAGAGUUUCGAUGCAUCCAAAUAUGAAGAUAAUGUUGAUCUCUGUGGACCACCAUUAAAGGAAUUGUGCAUUGAUGGAAUGGCAAGACAAGGACCAAUUAUUAAAUUUCAAGAAGAUGACAAUUUGAUUUUCAAUCGUGAAUAUUAUAUAAGUAUGACAAUUGGAUUUGUUAUAAGCUUUUGGGGAGUAUUUGGCUCAAUCAUAAUAAUACGUUCUUGGCGUCAUGCAUAUUUCGAAUUCUUAACUUAUUUAUCAGACAGUCUCUAUGUCAUGACAAUGGUGAAAGUUUUGAAGAGAUUGCACACAACAUAG